GAUGGAUAAGGUCGCUUCAGACGAACCUCUUUAUGAAGCAAUCUCCAAAUUGGACGGUUUCUUGAAGGAAAAAGACAAGAAGGGGUGCAAUGUCAAACAGAGCUUGUUUGUACUUAUAGCAAGUUCUUUCUGUGGACUUGCCACCUUCUCCACACUGAACAGCAGCAAAAAACUCUUCGAGAUCGACCGAAUCCAUUUGGUAAUAAUCUGUACGACUGUCACAGUGAUCCUGGGAUUACUCGCCAUCCUUUUCCACCACGCCCGGUGCACUGUCUCCCUCAUGUUACCGGUCCUCUUCUCCGGACUUGGUCGCUCACUCGUCAGGAGUCUCAUCAUAUCUCUCAUUGUCUCCGGACCUCUCCAGAACAUCGGAGAUAACGCCAUCUUGCUUGCAAAGUCUAUUGAGUGUUCCGCUAAGUUAACCAUCGACCAAGCGAACGAGACUACCGAAGCUACUGUUGCCGCGUUACACGAACAGAUGGAAUCAAUAUCACGUGCUACUAGGAGUAUCAACGAGAACAGCAGGAAAGUAGAGGAGUUUGCUGAUAAGGAGAUGGUAAAAGUGUUGGAGACGGAGGAUAAGAAAGGACACCUCUCACCGGAUAUGAUGUUGAAAAGAGGUGCCAGGCAGUGUCAUCUUAAUACUGAUAGGCCGAGAAAAAAGUGCGAGAUUGGUAUAAACGUUGACUUAGAUAAAUGUGAGCAGAUAAAAACGUCCGAUGAUGGUUGUAUGAACUACAAUGACCAGAACUUAGACAAAGAUAAUGCCGUGCACACUCAGGGUAUAAAAAACUCAGUGUCUAAGUUUGGAGAGCAAUACAAGGACCCUAAAAUCCAGCUUUCGUCAGAAAGUAAUAUCAAGGUGGACAACACUUUGAUUACUACUGGUUUCAAGAAGUUGAUGAACGAACUGAAUACUGUAGGCGGUUUCAUCACCAUGGCCAUAAACUUGGUAUCUCUUGUGCUGCUUACCAUGGUUCUUGCGGGUGCGAUAACACAUCAGGUGAAGUACCUGACGGGACUGUCUUACCUUAACAACGUGGUGACGACACAGCUUCUGAAACUGGACGCUUGUCUGCCCUCCCAUCACCGCACCUUCCCUCUUCCUGUAUACAUGAAGACAUUUGUACGAGAUGGGAGUCAGAAGUGUUUAUCUAGAGACGAACUGAAGCCAGCUGUGAUAGCAAGUCUAAAACACCUCCUAUUCUCGCUCCUCUUCCUCGCCAUAGUGUUCCUUGACUCGCAGGUAUACGGAACCAUGGAGGAUAUAUCGGAUACUGGGUAUAUAGUGUAUGAGGUGUACAUUAAGACAGGGGUUCUGUUGCAGAGUGAUGGGGGGAGUUGGACAAAGGGAAUGGUGGACGGUAUACCCCAAGUUAACACACUCAACCACCUUUCAUUUACCCAGGACAACAACAACUGUCUGCCAGACGGUUCUCCACCUGAUCAGCAAAGAGCUCUCUGUAUCUGUGUCUUUAUUCUUCUUAUCGUCCUUCUCAACUUCUUCCAGAUAUACUCCCAACGAUCAGUUCGGAGAAUCUGUGCCUGGUUUUAUCCCGAUCGCGAGAACUUGCGUGUUCAGUUCCUUUACAGAUUCCUCAAACAACGCCGGAUGGACUGUUUUAAAAUACUAGUCGAGGAUAAGAGAGGAUGUUUACCUAAGCAGUCCAUGUUAAGACGAUACUUCCCCCGCUUGAUAAAGCACAGCUGCGUUGUGUGUGGCGACUGUGGUAUCCACUCUUCUUGUCUGUUCUGCUUUGGACACGGUUACGAGAUAAAGUACUGCUUGGAGUGUUGGUCGGACACAGAUAAAAAGUGUCCCUACUGCAAAACCACCCAGAAACUGGCUGGAUAUUCUGGAGUCGCAGUGGAGGACUCCUCCUCGGACUCGGACUCAGAUAAUGAUGAUGGGCGCUACACCUCCCCAGUUUAUCAGAUACAUUCCGAGGAGGAGGGAGAUGAAGUGAAGCAGACAUACGCAUACUCAUACUCGUCUUAUAAGAAAAUCAUUGAAUCCUUUGCUGAUAGUUCUAGCGAUGAUAAUGAUGAUGACGAUAUCAUGGACUUGUUGAACGGCAUACAAAGAGGACCAACCUCACCGGAUGAAACUAGUUUGAGUGUGGGAAACGAGACGGGGACAAGUUCGUUCUCACGGUCUCAAUCUAUUGUAAUAACGAGAGCUCCUCUUUCUCAAUCAGAUUCCGUUGGAACAACCAGGGAUUUUCUCCCAAGAUCUGACUUCAAAAAAGCAGGGAAGACUUCAUCAAGGCGCUUUAAAGCGCAUGGAGGAGAGAUAAAUUCUGCCUCGGUCUCUGAAUCUAUAAGAGAAGCGGCUUUUUCUCUUUCACAACCUGAUUCUAGUGAGGCAGCUAGAAACUCUCUUUCGCAACCUGAUUCUAAUGAGGCAGCCAGAAACUCUCUUUCACAACCUGAUUCUAAUGAGGCAGCUAGAAACUCUCUUUCACAACCUGAUUCUAAUGAGGCAGCUAGAAACUCUCUUUCACAAUCUGAUUCUAUUGAAGCAGCUAGAAAUUCUCUUUCAUAACCUGAUUCUAAUGAGGCAGCUAGAAACUCUCUUUCACAACCUGAUUCUAAUGAGGUAGCUAGAAACUCUCUUUCACAACAUGAUUCUAAUGAGGCAGCUAGAAACUCUCUUUCAAAACGGUGAGACAGCGAGGGAUCCCUUACCACAAUCUCAAUCCAAUGAACUACUGACUUAUUUUGAAGAUAGCGAGGGCCGUGGAAAUAUUGACAGACCCGAUUCAGAGGAAUCUUUUAAGUCCAUUCACCAUUGACUGGGAAUGAAAAUGAGGUCAUAAAAGAUUAGCUUUUACCUUACACUCAUAAUAAUAGAGUCUGUUAAACUUUAGUUCAGAAAUUAAACGGUAACUAACUUGAAUGAAUAUUUACUUGCUUACAAUAUAUGUGUAUUUAUUUCGUUAUUUCAUUCAUUAAUUAAAGUGAUCUAUAUUUACUUGUUAUUUUGUUUUUACAUAUUUAUAAAUUUAUAUCAUGAUGUUUACUGCAAUUCGUUACUGACUCGAAUAAUUCAAAAUUUAAACAAUAACUCUAUUUUUAAUUGGCUGAAUCCUGAUGCGGAUUUUCUGCGGAAGAUUGCUUACGAAAACGUAAAUAAAAUUAACAAUGUUUUUGAUUGAUCAUCUUUCACAGCGAAAGUGUUUGACUUUUAAAUGUGCCGAACUCACUUCAAAACAACUUUAUCACUAAAUGUUAUAUAUACUUUUAUAAUCUCGAUGUUAAAUUGAAUGAGACAAGAUGUUUCGAUGUAAAAUUUAGUUUCCAACAAUAGUC